AUGUUUUUUCUACAAUUGGAAUCCCUUCAUCCUUCUAAAUAUGAUCACCAACUUCUCUUCACCAUUCUUUCUCUGGCUGCUUCUCUUGUCAUGUGCAUUAUUUUCCCAUGCAUUAGCGGAUAAAGCAUUUACAGGAACAUACGGAGUGAACUACGGUAGGAUAGCAGACAAUCUGCCUCCCCCAGAGAGUGUAGUGACGCUUCUCAAAGCUGCCAAGAUCAAGAACAUAAGGAUAUAUGAUUCUGAUCAUCAAGUCCUCACUGCAUUCAAAGGUUCCGGAAUUGAAAUCGUGGUUGGACUUCCCAAUGAGUUCCUUAAAGACAUGAGCGUGGCCGAGGAUCGCGCCAUGAGCUGGAUCAAAGAAAAUGUAGAGCCAUUCAUUCCGGGGACUAAAAUCCGUGGAAUAGCGGUUGGAAAUGAAAUCCUUGGAGGCACAGAUAUUGAGCUCUGGGAAGCUCUGCUUCCAGCAGCUAGAAAUGUGUAUAGUUCCCUUCAAAAGCUUGGUUUAGCCAAAGACAUUCAAGUUUCAAGUCCACACUCAGAAGCAGUGUUUGCCAAUUCAUACCCUCCAUCUUCUUGCACUUUCAAGGAUGAUGUGAUGCCAUAUAUGAGGCCUCUCUUGCAAUUCUUCUCGCAGAUUGGUUCCCCAUUCUUCAUAAAUGCAUACCCUUUCUUGGCCUACAAGAAUGAUCCUCAGCAUAUUGAUAUCAACUAUGCUCUAUUCCAAAAGAGCCCCGGAAUUUAUGAUGCUAAGACAAAGCUGCACUAUGAUAACAUGUUUGAUGCUCAAGUUGAUGCGGCUUAUGCUGCUUUGGAGAAGGUUGGCUAUACCAAGAUGGAGGUCAUUGUUUCUGAGACCGGCUGGGCUUCUCGUGGCGACGAGAACGAGGCUGGUGCAACCCUGAAGAAUGCCAGGACUUACAACAAGAAUUUGAGGAAGCGCCUGCUCAAGAAAAAGGGGACUCCUUAUAGGCCAAAGAUGGUGGUGAGGGCUUAUAUAUUUGCUUUGUUCAACGAGAAUUUGAAGCCUGGCCCAACCUCUGAGAGAAACUUUGGCUUGUUUAAGCCUGAUGGAAGCAUUGCAUAUGAUAUUGGCUUUACUGGACUCAAACCUUCUUCUGCAACUUCUUUACAUAAGGGUAGUGGAUCUUCCUUCGUAAUGGUUUUCACAACUUGUGCUGCUAUUCUUCUUCUUCUAGCAUUGUGAUUGACAUGCAAAUUUGGCGAUUCUUUGGAUCCUCUAACAGUUUUCAUCACAAGAAGAAAUCUGUAGCUGACUACUUAACCUUGUAUUCUUCUUAUAUUAACACUCAACAAAUGUGUCAUAUGCUUGAUGAUUAGGCAUUGAAUCUUGUCUAUAUAUUGCUGUUGACUUGUUGUUUUUGUCAACGUUUCAGCGGUGUAAAGCAUGUUUUGUGCAACAUGUAUGUCAGAAUAUAUAUGUAAAAACAGAGCAACUUCUUCCAUCCAGGAUUUGUAUAUUGUCACUAUAUGAUGGAGUG